UAUAAAUGUCCCAGGGAAGGAGGUUAUUGCCUUUAGCCCCUUUUUGGGGAAGCAUCUGGAAGUAAGUUCUGAGGAAUGAAGUCUCAGAAAGAGGGCUGUUGCGGCAGAGGUGACCUGUCCAUUCAGACAGGUCCUAGAGGAGAAUGGGCCCCUCGGAGGCUUGUCUCCAAUGUUCUCAUUUUCUCCUGCACCAACAUCGUGGGUGUCUGCACCCACUACCCAGCUGAGGUCUCCCAGAGGCAGGCUUUCCAGGAGACCCGAGAGUGCAUCCAGGCGCGGCUCCACUCACAGCGGGAGAACCAGCAGCAGGAGCGGCUCCUGCUGUCUGUCCUUCCCCGUCAUGUUGCCAUGGAGAUGAAAGCAGACAUCAACGCCAAGCAGGAGGAUAUGAUGUUCCAUAAGAUUUACAUCCAGAAACAUGACAACGUGAGCAUCCUGUUUGCUGACAUCGAGGGCUUUACCAGCCUGGCAUCCCAGUGCACUGCACAGGAACUGGUCAUGACCCUCAACGAGCUCUUCGCCCGCUUCGACAAGCUGGCCGCAGAGAAUCACUGUUUACGUAUUAAGAUCCUUGGGGAUUGUUAUUACUGCGUCUCGGGGCUUCCUGAAGCAAGGGCUGACCACGCCCACUGCUGCGUGGAGAUGGGCAUGGACAUGAUCGAGGCCAUCUCGUUGGUCCGGGAGGUGACGGGGGUGAACGUGAACAUGCGUGUGGGAAUUCACAGCGGGCGAGUACACUGCGGUGUCCUUGGUCUAAGGAAGUGGCAGUUCGACGUCUGGUCUAAUGAUGUUACGCUAGCCAACCACAUGGAGGCUGGCGGCAAGGCAGGACGCAUCCACAUCACCAAGGCUACACUCAACUACCUGAACGGGGACUACGAGGUGGAGCCAGGCUGUGGGGGCGAGCGCAACGCCUACCUCAAGGAGCACAGUAUCGAGACCUUCCUCAUCCUGCGCUGCACCCAGAAGCGGAAAGAAGAGAAGGCCAUGAUCGCCAAGAUGAACCGCCAGAGAACCAACUCCAUCGGGCACAACCCACCUCACUGGGGGGCUGAGCGCCCCUUCUACAACCACCUGGGUGGCAACCAGGUGUCCAAGGAGAUGAAGCGGAUGGGCUUUGAAGACCCCAAGGACAAGAAUGCCCAGGAGAGUGCGAACCCUGAGGAUGAAGUGGAUGAGUUUCUGGGCCGCGCUAUUGAUGCCAGGAGCAUUGACAGGCUUCGGUCUGAGCAUGUCCGCAAGUUCCUCCUGACCUUCAGGGAGCCUGACUUAGAGAAGAAGUACUCCAAGCAGGUAGAUGACCGAUUUGGUGCCUAUGUGGCGUGUGCGUCGCUCGUCUUCCUCUUCAUCUGCUUUGUCCAGAUCACCAUCGUGCCCCACUCCGUAUUCAUGCUCAGCUUCUACCUGACCUGUUCCCUGCUGCUGACCUUGGUGGUGUUUGUGUCUGUGAUCUACUCCUGCGUAAAGCUCUUCCCCUCCCCGCUGCAGACUCUCUCCAGGAAGAUCGUGCGGUCCAAGAUGAACAGCACCCUAGUUGGGGUGUUCACCAUCACCCUGGUGUUCCUGGCGGCUUUUGUCAACAUGUUCACAUGCAACUCCAAGGACCUGCUGGGCUGCUUGGCACAGGAGCACAACAUCAGCGCGAGCAAGGUCAACGCAUGUCACGUGGUGGAGUCGGCCGUCAACUACAGCCUGGGCGAUGAGCAGGGCUUCUGUGGCAGCCCCUGGCCCAACUGCAACUUCCCCGAGUACUUCACCUACAGCGUGCUGCUCAGCCUGCUGGCCUGCUCCGUGUUCCUGCAGAUCAACUGCAUCGGGAAGCUGGCGCUCAUGCUGGCCAUCGAGCUCAUCUACGUGCUCGUCGUGGAGGUGCCGGGUGUCACGCUCUUCGACAAUGCCGACCUACUGGUCACCGCCAACGCCAUAGACUUCUUCAACAACGGGACCUCCCAGUGCCCUGAGCACGCAACCAAGGUGGCAUUGAAGGUGGUGACGCCCAUCAUCAUCUCAGUCUUUGUGCUGGCCCUGUACCUGCACGCCCAGCAGGUGGAGUCCACCGCCCGCCUCGACUUCCUCUGGAAACUGCAGGCCACAGAGGAGAAGGAGGAGAUGGAGGAGCUGCAGGCCUACAACCGGCGGCUGCUGCACAACAUCCUGCCCAAGGAUGUGGCCGCUCACUUCCUGGCCCGCGAGCGGCGCAACGAUGAGCUCUACUAUCAGUCCUGUGAGUGCGUGGCGGUCAUGUUCGCCUCCAUCGCCAACUUCUCCGAGUUCUACGUUGAGCUGGAGGCCAACAACGAGGGUGUCGAGUGCCUGCGGCUACUCAAUGAGAUCAUCGCUGAUUUUGAUGAGAUCAUCAGCGAGGAUCGGUUCCGGCAGCUGGAGAAGAUCAAGACCAUCGGCAGCACCUACAUGGCUGCCUCCGGCCUCAACGACUCCACCUACGACAAGGUGGGCAAGACCCACAUCAAGGCACUGGCCGACUUUGCCAUGAAGCUGAUGGACCAGAUGAAGUACAUCAAUGAGCACUCUUUCAACAACUUCCAGAUGAAGAUCGGGCUCAACAUCGGCCCCGUGGUGGCCGGGGUGAUAGGGGCACGAAAGCCUCAGUACGACAUCUGGGGCAAUACCGUGAACGUGGCCAGCCGCAUGGACAGCACUGGUGUACCUGACCGCAUCCAGGUCACCACGGACAUGUACCAGGUGCUGGCCGCCAACACGUACCAACUGGAGUGCCGGGGCGUGGUCAAGGUCAAGGGCAAAGGCGAGAUGAUGACCUACUUCCUCAAUGGAGGGCCCCCGCUCAGUUAGCAGCUGUUGGCCAACGGUGCCAGGCAGCCUGGCCUCCAGAGUCAUGGAAGCAGCUUCUCUGUGUGCCGGGGGUGGCGGGGAAGCCAUGCUCCAGCCCGCAGGGCUGCGCUGUUGAGAUUUUCCACUUGGACUCCAGAGCAGCUGCUGCCUUUGCUGGUGGGCAGCGGCCUCAGUCCCAGGCCCUGGGGUGCCAGCGUCCUGCGAGCACCCAGCUGACCAAAGAUGUUUCCCUCUGUAGAAGACUCUGCUAGACUGGGUCUGAAGCUUGAGUUUUCCAACAGGUGCUGCUGCACAGGUGGAAAGGAGCCAUGGGAAUGUGUGUGUGGCGCGGCCCGGACAAGGGCAGGGCUGAGGGAGGGGCCUCCGACUCAGCUGGGGGUAGACGGGCUGGACUCUGGUCUGGGGGAGCCUAGGGACCCCAGGGGUCUGCUUUUCUAUGUGAGCCUUUAAACUUCAGACAGAGAGGCCGCCACCCUGCGCCUGCAGGGGCUUUGGGGCAGGAGUGCUGGCUUUGGAGGGACUGUGGCCUUCAUCGUGGUCCUCUGCCCACACCUCCACGCACACAGACAGUGCCCUAGGAGGGAAACAGAACUAAUUGCGAGGGGGAGGCAAGAGGACACCAAGCAAGGAGUGGUGAUUCUGAGAAAAAUAUUUAUUAAAUAAAACAAAACAAGUUCUCCGUGCCCUUCUUUAGACUAUGCUAGUUGUAUGCGUGUAAGAGACACACAAGCAAAUGAGGACGCCACUCGGGGGGAGGGCGGGGAUCCCCACUUGUCUUUUUUGUAUUUUUUAUUUUGUAUUAUUGAAAGCCUUGGAGAUCUCACAGAUAUGCCAAAUUCUAUAUUUUGUAAAUUCUCUAUAUUAGAAAACAGCCGUGCACAGCGAGGCGUGUGUGCUCAUUUGUACUGUGCGUAUGUUGGCGUAUGUACUGGUGUAUAUGUGCGUGUGUUCAUGCUGUGGAACUGGUCUCACGCAGGAUGCGUUUCCCUCCUUUCAGAUUUGGCAGUUUUGGGUUUUCCCAGGUACCACCAGAGCAGUGGGUGUGUGCGUUGGGGGUACCAUACGCUCAGAUGAAGUAGGAGGAUGCAUGGACACAUGGGCCCGUCUUUCUCUGACACACGCACACGUGUGUUCACACAUGCACACACCCUGCUUCCCCUAAGCAAAAUGCAGAUGGGAUGAUGAUAAGAAAACAAAAAGCUGCUUUCCCAUCCCAGGCCGAGCUGGAACCAAGGGAAGCAACCUCAUCCUGUGGCAGGCAGCGUGGCGCCCUCCACCCUCCACGCCCUGAGGGUUCAGACAUUUGCUGCUUACAGAGGCAGCUCCCACGGAUUCUGGAGUGCUUACAGAAGGCCGGGUGCUUUGCAGGCUGGGGCAAGAAAGCCAAGCCUGCCUGGCCUACUCAGUUGGCCAAGGUGCAGGUGGCUCUUCCUGGAGCUGUUCACUCAAGACUGGGGGCUGCAAUGUGCAGCCCUCAGGUUUGAGGAAAGGGAGUGGCCUUGACCUCCACCGGCAAACCAGGCAGAGGAAUGGGCAGAGCCCCGCUUUAGAGUCCACAGGGAAAGCUAGCAGGAAUUUUGUUUUAUCGGGAGGAGGCAGUUAAAUAUACCAAGAAAAAAAUACUAUUUUUAUAAGCUAUGAGGAAGGCAUUUGGAAAAUGAUACUCUACCACAGAAUUUGAUGGAAUCCUUAGGGCCCAUGCCCAAAUCUUCCCAUUGCUUCUCAGGUUAGAAUGAUCCUCACCUCCAACAUGAGCUUGGAGGCGAUGAGGCGGUGGCUCUGUGCCAGCUGCCACAAUGUGACUUUGAUACCCACCUGCACCACCUCUCACUGGGCUCUAGCACCACCCUCCCCUCGCCGCACACUAAUCCCACCACAAUUCGAACACAGCUCUGAGAAACAAAGUGUGCGGACCCAAAACUGCCAAGCCUGAGUCUGUCCCGUGCUUCUGCUGCUCCAUCCUUUGAGUUCUGCAUUGCCAUCCCGCCGUCGAGGGCAGGAGGCCCGCUUUCUUCCAGCUGUUGUUCUCAAGUUCCCUGCCCCUCCACAUCGCCCGCCACUGGUGUUGGGUUUUCGUUCUGCUUCCAACCUGAGUACGGUGUGUGUGCUGAGUCCAUCCCGUGUUCCCCCAUGGUCAUGGCCUCCCGGCCCCAUGGGGACCCCUCUCUCAUCCCAGCAGUGACUGGUGACAGCGUGCAGGUGCAGUGCCAGCUCUUCGUUCCCUCUAAGGGGUGUGCACUCUUUUUAUUCCUACUCUUGCAGAAACAGAUACGAUUAUGAUUUCCCAUGGAAAUUGAAAAGUCUAUUUAAAUAAUUUAACUAUUAAACACUUUCACUGGUAA